GGAUGGUAGCCGAGGUAGGCGCCGUGGUUCGGAAGUCGUCCCGCCUUCAGAUCGCGGGUUCUGUUCGGCGUGGUUGGGUUGGUUGGGCAGCCUGCCACUCAGCCUCCACGUCGUCGAGGUGGAUCCGGACGACAGCCAUGACGGCGCCGAGCACGAGUGACAGGCACGGCGUGGAGUGACGGGCCGAGUGACGGGUCGAGUGACGGGCGAAGUGACACGCCUAGUGGAGGACGGUCCAGGACUAGUGGUGCGCGGCGUGGGCGGUCCGUCCGUUCUGCUCGGCCUGCUUCGUGAUGGCGGUGACGCUGCAGCUGGUGCUGCUGGCCCUGGUGGCCCUGGUGGCCCUGCUGGGGGUGGCGGCCGUCGGCGCGGCGCCCGGCCGGCCCCACAUCGUCAUCAUCCUGGCUGACGACCUGGGCUGGAAUGACGUCAGCUUCCACGGCUCCGACCAAAUCCCGACCCCCAACAUCGACGCGCUCGCCUACAACGGCAUCGUGCUCAACAACUACUACACGCAGCCCAUGUGCACGCCGUCCCGGGCGGCGCUGCUCACCGGGGUGCACCCCAUCCACACCGGCAUGCAGCACGGCGUCAUCCUGGAGCCGGAGCCCUGGGGGCUGCCCCUGGACGUGCCCGUCAUGCCGCAGUACCUGCGCGGCCUCGGGUACCGCGCUCACGCCGUCGGCAAGUGGCACCUGGGCUUCUUCCGCGCCAACUACACCCCCGAGGCCAGGGGCUUCCACUCGCACUUCGGGCUGUGGAACGGCUACCACGACUACUACACUCACCAGACGCAGGGCUCGUUCAUCGACAUGGACGGCUACGACAUGCGGCGCGGCAUGGCGGUGGACUGGGGCUCGCGGGGCGGCUACUCCACGGACCUGUUCACGGACGAGGCGGUGCGCGUGAUCCGGGACCACCCCGUCGGCGACCGCGCGCCGCCGCUGUUCCUGUACCUGGCGCACCUCGCGCCGCACGCCGGCAACUACGAGGCGCCGCUGCAGGCGCCGGCCGAGGCCAUCAAGGCCUUCGGGCACAUCAAGGACCCCGAGCGCCGGGUGUACGCGGCGAUGGUGUCCAAGCUGGACGAGUCGGUGGGCCGCGUCGUCGCCGCGCUCCAGGAGCAGGACAUGCUCUCCAACUCGGUGAUCGUGUUCGCCUCGGACAACGGCGCCAUCACGUCGGGCCUGCACCCCAACAAGGGCUCCAACUGGCCGCUCAAAGGGGUGAAGGGCGGGCCCUGGGACGGCGCGGUGCGCGUGCCGGCCUGCGUGUGGUCCCCGCUGCUGCAGCGCGCGCGCCGCACUUCGCAGCAGCUCAUGCACGUCACCGACUGGCUGCCCACACUGCUGGCCGCGGCCGGCGCCGCCCCCGCGCCCGGCCUCGCGCUGGACGGCGUCAACCAGUGGGAGGCGCUGUCCGCCGCCAGCGGGGCGCCGCGCAAGGAGGUGCUCGUCAACGUGGACUACCGCGCCUCGGGGGCCGGCGGGUACGCCGCGCUGCGCCUCGGCGACUACAAGAUCGUGAACGGCACGGCGCUGCUCGGCUACCAGGACGCCUGGCUGGGCGACUCCGGCCUGGAGGAGCCCGCGCCCGGCGUGGACUCCGUGGCGCUGGCGCGGUCCAGCGGGACGGCGCGGUCCCUGGAGGCGGCGGGGCUGCCGCUGGCGGACGGCGGCGUGGCUCGCGGCGUGCGGGCGGCGGCCCGGCUGCGUUGCGGCGCCUCGCGCGUCGAGAAGGACGGCUUCCGCUUCCCCGAGUGCCGGCCGCUGCUCGCGCCCUGCGUCUUCGACCUCGCCGUCGACCCCUGCGAGCGGCGCAACCUGUACGGCACGCCGCUGCUGCCGCCGGACGUGCGGGCCGCCCUGGAGGCCCGGCUGGCCGCGCUGGCCGCCACCGCCAGGCCGCCGCGCAACGAGCCCUCCGACCUGCGCGCCGACCCCGCCUACUGGAACAACACCUGGACCAACUGGGCGGACCUCCUGGACGCGGCCGACGACGGCCUGCCCGCCAUGUUCCAGCCCCGGCGGCGGGGCUCGCGCUGGGGCUAACGCCGUCAGUGUUGCCAAAGUCCCACGACGUCGAAAGGGGCAGCCAGGACACUGUGAAUAUACUGAGCCUGCUCCUGCGAGGGCAGGCUGAGGUUGGCAACCCUAUCGACACUGUGCACUGUGGGCGUUUUGAACUACUUAAGGCCACACCACGAAGCCGUUAACCAUGGCCCGGUGAACUUAGUGUGCGUUUCCUCGCCGAGGACGAGAGCGAGCCCCGCGCUCGGCAGUGGGACUGGCUGCUCUGCGGGAUGGCAAGGAAGCACCAUUCUACUCCGCGCGGUGAAAAGACUCUUGGAGACUCUGUGUCCGCGAGCAGCCGACAAAAGGCGCGACAAUAAAUGCGAUUUAUUUAUGCCCUCAA